AUUUUAUCAAUUUUAUUCCACGUUUGGAGUCCGGAAAUACUCCCGUUUUUGUCUUUGCCAGAAAGAGUGAAAUUCAUGACAUGAAAGUUUAGAACUUUUCAGGUGGUCUUCAUUCAAAGAGGGGUUGGACCCUUUUUCUUCUUCUUCUUCUUCUUCUUCUUCUCUUCCCCCACUUUCUAUCUUUCCAGUUAGUUUAUUUUGCAUCUCUUCCCCCACUUUCUAUCUUUCCAGUUAGUUUAUUUUGCAUCUCUUCCCCCACUUUCUAUCAUGGAUCCCAAAGGCUCUAACUCAAAAAACCCACAUGAGCUACCCACUUUCUUUACCCUUACCCACACCCACACUUCUCCUUCUCCUCAUACUCCUUCUCCACAACCCCAUCAUCAACAACCGCAACACCUCCAUAACCAAAACCAACUACAACCCAACAUGGGUGAGAAUAAAGCAGCAGAAAUCAAAGACUUUCAGAUUGUAGUAGCUGACAAAGAAGAGCAAAAGAAACAGUUAGCUCCAAAAAGAAGCUCAAACAAAGACAGACACACAAAAGUUGAAGGUAGAGGUAGAAGGAUAAGGAUGCCAGCUCUUUGUGCAGCAAGAAUCUUUCAAUUAACAAGAGAAUUGGGUCACAAAUCUGAUGGUGAGACAAUACAGUGGCUUCUACAACAAGCUGAACCAUCUAUAAUUGCAGCAACUGGGACUGGUACAAUACCUGCAUCAGCUUUGGCAGCUGCUGGUGGUGCAAUUUCACAACAAGGAGCUUCUCUUUCAGCUGGUUUGCAUCAAAAGAUUGAUGAUAUAGGUGGGUCCAGUAGUAGGAGGACCAGCUGGGCAAUGUUAGGUGGCAAUUUAGGGAGACCCCAUCAAGUUACAAGUGCAGGAUUAUGGCCCCCAGUUGGAGGUUAUGGGUUCCAGUCAUCAUCUAAUACCACUGGUCCAUCAACAACAAAUAUAGUAAGUGAAGGUGGUGGUGGUUCGAGUUAUUUGCCAAAAAAUGGAUUUUCAGGUUUUGACUUGCCAGGAAACAAUAUUGGGCCUAUGAGUUUUACUUCAAUUUUAGGUGUGGGUAGCCCGCAGUUACCAGGAUUGGAGCUUGGGUUGUCACAAGAUGGGCAUAUUGGGGUUUUGAGCCCACAAGCUUUGAGUCAGAUUUAUCAGCAGAUGGGGCAGGCUAGGGUGCAGCAGCACCAGCAGCAAAAUCCUUCUAAAGAUGAUUCACAAGGAUCAGGGCAGUAAUUAGUAGAUGAACGAAAUAGGCAUUUUGUUGAUGUUGAAAGAGAGGCUGAGUGAUUUUUUGUUAACGGUUUUUCUUGUGUUGUACAAUUGAUAAAAUAAAAAGGUGAGAGAAAAAAGAAGAAGAGAGGGAGAUACUUUGGGAGAAUUCAAUAGGGACUGGAUCUGGUUUGCCGCUCACUUCUUCUCCUCUGCCUCACUCAGGUUUUCAUACACAGAUGGGAUUGUGCACAGCCAAAUAGCUUGGUUUUGGGCUUAACUUCGUAUUUGAUUCAGAGGGGUGAAAGAUGGACAUCUGGUUUUUAUUGGACAUGAAUCUUGGCCCUUGAUUUAAAGAGGAAUGAUCUCAACCAUUGACUAAAACUCACCAUCACAAGUUGCAAAGGCUGGUUGUGUCAGCAUCUUUAGAUCAACUUUGCAGCGGGUUUAUAGUUUCCAAGAAACAAUGUUUUUGCUUAAGUGAGGGUGAAAUGGUAGGUCACAAGAGUGGUAACUUUUUUUUUUUCUUGUAUAAAGAAGGUAUGAGAGAAGGAAGGCUUGGAAGGUGGCAUCAUAGUUGCAUUUUUAAUUGCCAUCGGGUUGAGGUUGAAAAUAAUGAGCAGCCGUGUCAUUUGACUUUUAUCGUUUUUA